UCUUUGGCUGAUUUUUCCACACAAAGAACUGAAGGCAUUUAUCCCCAAGGGAAGCAGCUAUUUUAGAUCUGACUAAGGAGUCAGCUAAUAUUUUCAACUUUCCUUUCUGUUCUUUGUUUUUAAAGAGAGUCUGGUUUUGUUUCACUUUCAGCGGGGGACUUUAAAUGACAUCAAGCAAAGCCUACUUAGUUUAGAUUUCCAGAAGUUUGUUGGUGAAAAAAAAUCAAAAAUGAAGCAUGCAGUUUUGUUUUGUCUCAUUCUGCUUAUCAUUUUCCAAACGGAUUGUGAACAAAGUGAACAAGGUACUGGGAAGCAGAGGAAGAGGAUACAUCAGAGAAGACUCAGGAAAAGCUCCUCACUCCACCACAGAGAAAACAGGCAGCUUGGAAAUCAGCAAACUGCUGCUGCAUCAGAAGCUACAUUACCCACUACCAACUCUGACUACAGUGUGGAGGAAAACUUAGAAUCCCUUCUAAGUCCUCCUGGAGUAGAAUCAAGUUACAAUGUGUUACCAGGAAAGAAAGGACACUGCUUUGUAAAGGGAAUGAUCAUGUACAACAAAGCCGUCUGGUCUCCUGAGCCCUGCAUCACUUGCCUCUGUUCAAAUGGAAGAGUACUUUGUGAUGAAACUGUGUGCCACCCCAAGACGUGCCCCUAUACCAUUAAGCCAGAAGGAGAAUGCUGCCCCAUCUGUUCUGAUGCUGCUUCCUAUUCUCUACUCAGUGGUAGAACACUAAAUGAUAAAACUGAAUUUUCUGGUGAUUCUUCAGAACAAAGAGAAUCCAUUAACAUGCUUCACAAGCAAGUGAAACCUCCUCAGAUGGAAGUGGACCAAGUAGUUAUAAAAGAAGCUCUUCGAUCUGAGGAGAAAGAAGAAGACAUUAAAGAACACAUGGAGCACAAGAAAGAAACCUCUGGGCCUACUGCACUUCACAGUGAUGAGGAAAGAGUGGAGGGAGAGCUGAGGCUUGAGGAGGAAAGGCGGUCAGCCCGUCAACCACUCAACCAAGGACGAGGGGAGGAAGAGGAUGAUGAUGAGGAGUCUGAAAGGGAAGGAGAAAAGGAAGAGGAGGAUGCCAUAAGAGGAGAUGUGUUCCGAAUGUCCCCCAGGUUAAUGCCUGGUACUCCAAGAGGCAGGCCUCGCCUGCCUGGAAGCUGUGUCCUGUCCUACAAGACCAUCAGCUGCAUUCAUGCGGCCUUCACCCAGAUCCCACCCAUAACAGCACCAGAGGUAACAAGCCUGGAGUUGGCUGAGAAUUCAAUCAUUUCCAUUCCGGACGAAGCAUUUAAUGGAUUACCAAAUUUGGAAAGGCUUGAUCUGAGCAGAAAUAAUAUCACUUCUUCAGGCAUAGGUCCAAAAGCAUUCAAGGUUUUGAAGAAGUUAAUGCGUCUGAACAUGGAUGGAAAUAAUUUGGUACACAUCCCUUCAGAAUUACCAUCUACACUAGAAGAACUUAAAAUAAAUGACAACAAUCUCCAGGCCAUCGACGAAGAAAGUUUAUCAGACUUAAAUCAACUUGUCACCUUAGAAUUGGAAGGAAACAAUCUCAGUGAAAUCAACGUCAAUCCGUUAGCUUUCAAAUCUUUGAAGAACCUUUCAUACCUACGUCUGGGAAAAAACAAAUUUAGAAUCAUACCACAAGGUCUUCCUGCUUCUAUUGAGGAAUUAUACCUAGAAAAUAAUCAAAUUGAAGAAAUAACUGAAAUUUGUUUCAAUCAUACCAGAAAGAUUAAUAUGAUUGUACUACGUUAUAAUAAAAUAGAAGAAAGUCGGAUUGCUCCUUUAGCAUGGAUAAAUCAAGAAAAUCUUGAAUCUAUCGACUUGUCCUAUAACAAGCUUUACCAUGUCCCCUCCUAUCUACCUAAGUCUCUGCUGCACCUUGUACUAAUUGGGAACCAGAUUGAACGGAUCCCUGGCUAUGUUUUUGGCCAUAUGGAACCUGGCCUGGAGUACUUGUAUCUGUCAUUUAAUAGACUUUCUGAUGAUGGUGUGGACCUAGUCUCAUUCUAUGGGGCAUAUCAUUCUCUGAGAGAAUUAUUUCUGGAUCACAAUGACUUAAAAUCCAUACCACCUGGAAUACAAGAAAUGAAAGCACUACAUUUUCUGAGGCUGAACAACAAUAAGAUUCGGAAUAUUCUUCCUGAACAAAUUUGCAAUGUUGAAGAAGACGAAGACUCUGCUCUAGAACAUCUUCAUCUUGAGAACAAUUACAUUAAAACUAGAGAAAUAUCCUCUUAUGCAUUUUCAUGCAUAAGACUGUAUUCAAGUAUUGUUCUUAAACCACAAAAGAUCAAGUAAUUUCAAGUUUUCUUUUGCCAUUUAUAAAUUUUACUCAUGCAUUAAAAUUA